AUGAACCCCGUCACUCUGGUUCUCUGUAAUGUCAGCAGUUUCCUGAGGGACGAGCCCCCAUCUCAGCCCAGAGAUCCCACCAGCUGCAGUCCAGAAAUGGAGGUCCAAAUGUUCAUGUCAUACCCCGGUGACCCAAACCAGUCCUCCACCGUACCGAUGCAAACAGACAAUAAUAACAGUAAUGUUACAAGGGCCUUCGUGGCCAGCACUACAAAGAUAAUGUCUGUGAUAUACCUCAUCGUGUUUGUCCUGGGCCUAAUAGGUAACACCCUGGCCAUUUUCGUUGUGUUGCGUUACGCCAAGAUGAAGACUGUCACCAACAUGUACAUCCUAAACUUGGCCGUGGCUGACGAACUCUAUAUCCUUGGGCUUCCCUUUCAAACCGCACACAAUGUCCUUUCCUAUUGGCCGUUUGGCGAUUUCUUGUGCAGUGUGGUGAUGUGGGCGGACUCGAUCAGUCAGUUCACCAGCACGUUCUGCCUCACUGUUAUGAGUAUCGAUCGUUACAUGGCCGUGGUGCAUCCCAUCCGCAGCACCAAGUGGCGGCGUCCGAGAACGGCCAAGAUCAUCAACGCCUUAGUGUGGGCUCUGUCGUGCCUGCUCUCGCUGCCAGUCAUCAUCUUUUCUGACGUACAGGAGGAUCUCAACACCUGUAACAUGAGCUGGCCUGAGCCCAACAACCUGUGGUCUACAGUUUUUAUCCUCUACACGUCCAUCCUGGGCUUUUUCUGUCCCCUGCUGGUCAUUACCAUGUGCUAUCUCCUCAUCGUGAUUAAAGUCAAGUCUGCCAGGGCGCGGGCAGGACUCACCAGACGGCGUAAGUCGGAGAGGAAGGUGACGCGCAUGGUGGUGAUCAUCGUAGUCAUCUUUGUGCUGUGCUGGCUACCGUUCUUCAUUCUUAACAUCGUCAACCUCAUUAUCACCCUGCCCGAGACCAGCCUCAUAGCUGGAAUCUACUUCCUGGCGGUCAUCUUGACCUACGUAAACAGCUGUGCCAACCCUUUGCUGUACGGCUUCCUCUCUGAGAACUUCAAGCAGAGCUUCCGGAAAGUUCUUUGUGUCCACAAGGCCAACGGGGUCAGAGAUGGAGAUCCUGGUCAAAUUCGCGCGACCAGGCCAAGUGCACAUGACCCAUGCUUUACCCCAAGAGCCAUGGACUUCAAUGGAUAUCACCAGAACAACCAAUUGAAGUGA